AUGAAUCAGGAGUUCUCAACAGAUGUGAUCCUAGGGAAAGGUAGAGAUCUGAUCAUACUGUCGCAUGGCGUCCUGAGACUUGGGAAGACUUCCACAGCCGAGCGCGCUGCAGCACAAAGAAGAAGGCCAGUCUUCCCCAUUACCUGCGGUGAUAUUGAUACGACGCGAGGUCAAGUUGAAGAACGGUCGAACGGAUACUUCGACGUGGCCUAUAAGGAGGCGAACUUGCAACGGAACGGUAUAAUUUCAGUGUUCCUACGGGCUCUAGCAGUGUUGUGA